AUGAUGGGGGUCCGAGAGCCCCCGCUGGGCCGCCUGGCGUUGGUGGUGCAGGUCCUGGCCAUUGGGUCUGCAAGUGGCCUGACUCUGGCCUCUGGGGCCACAGUUCUGGAAGGAGCCACGUCCGGCACGGGUCUCGGCGGUUCUCCUUCGGAGGGGAUGGACUCCUGUGGACCCCCAAAUCGAUCCCGAAGGGCAGCAGCAGGUCCCCCCCUCCGUGCCACCGUCUACCUCAAGAUGGCCCCCGUGGCCCCGGCCACCUUAGACGCCACCCGGACCCAGCAGUUCCUUCUCGCCGUGAGUCUCCCGCGGGACGUGAAUGGCGCAAGCGCCACCGCCAUCAGUGCCCUGGCCGUCACGACUCGUUGUGACCCCUUGCAAAGGAGCAGCCGGAGCUGCCGCUGUCUUCCCGGGUAUCAAUGGGGCAGCAGUCAUUGCAAACAGCUGCCGGCCUGUGGGGGUCUCAUUGGGGCCGUGGUCUCCCUGGUCACCACCUGCGACUGCCUCAGUUUCCCUGCCGGAAAGACGGGCUACUGCUUGCCACCGCUGCAGGCCUCUCCAGCUUCCAAAACGUCAACGCUGCCCCCCAGGCUUGCCCCCCAGGAGGGGUCCCUGAGCCUCUCCUUCCAGGUGGGUGAAGGUGCCACGGAUGUGGAGCUCUACCUGCUGCGCCCUGAGUGGAACGGAGGUGCCAAGGAGGUCCGCAAUGGGAUGGCAGUGGCGCUGGCGCUGAACGGCUCGGAGGUGGCGCUGAGGGUCUCCUCUCUCUCGCCAGACUGGGCAGGGACGUACAUCUGCCGCUACCGUCAUGGAGAGGCCCUUUGGGAGCUGCGCCAGGAGGUCUCUGUCCCCUUGGUCACCGCGGACUUCCUCCCAGGACUCUCCCAGGUCUCCAUGGACUGCAACUCCCAUCGUCCAUUGACCCUGCAGUGCUGCGUCCAGGACAGAGGUGGAGGAGGAGGAGGCCUCCUCAGGGCAGCCUGGGACCCUGGAGCCCCGGCCUUCGUUGUCCCAGUGGGUGGCAAAGGGGCCUCUCUCUGCCACCGUCUCUCCCUGACCUCCUGUCCCACCAAAGAGACCCCCUACCGGUGCACUUUCGAGGGCGAGGGGCUGGGAUCCAUCCAGACCACCAUCCGGGUGACCCCCAUCCAAGGCAGAGAUCUCUUCUGCCCCACUGAGGAGGAGGCCGGUGGCAGCUGGGGGCCCACGAAGGCAGGCCGCGUGGCGGAGCUCCUGUGUCUGGAGGGCAGGGAGGGGAAGCGUCUGCGGAGCUGCUCCUCCGGAGGCACCUGGGGACCCAUCCAGGACAACUGCACUAGCCGGCAGCUGCGUUCGGAGCUGCACCAGGCCCAGCUGCUCCAAGCGGGGCUGGGCGAUCCCCAGACGGCAAUCCCCAUGAUGCUGGCCACGCUGGACGGGACACUUGCGACGGCUGAAGAAACCUCCCCGUGGGACCUCCUGACAGCGAUCGCCAUCAUGGAAGUCCUCUCCCAGGUGGCCCUGGAGUCCCAGCUGCGCCUGGAGAGCAGCGCCGUGGCUAACUUUCUGAGCGCUGCCAAUGGGAUGCUCAGCUUAGACACUGAGUCGGACUGGUCAAGAGUGGAGACCUUGAACCCGCGGGCGGCUUCGGGGUUCCUGCAGGCCAUAGAGAAUCUCACCAGCCUCUUGGUGCUGUCUCUCGGGGGGUUCAAAUUGUCCCUCCCCAACCUUGAGCUCCAGAGCUCCCAGCUGGGUCCCGACUCCGUGGACGAUGAUUAUCUCAAGACCUUUGACACGGAGCCCGAGGUCUCCCUCCACAUCACUGAGGAGGAGCUGCAGGCACUAGUGCGCCGGGAGGGGAGCAUCACCAUCACCAGCCUGGUGCUGAAGAAGAUGGGAGGGAUCCUGCCCUGGAGCCACAGCGGUGCCACCUUCAGCCUGGGCAGCCUGGUGAUGUCCAAUGCCAUCAUGUCCCGCAAAGGGAGCAUCACGGAGGUAGUGGUAGACAUGAUGUUUGGCCGCCAGAACGCAACCAACAAAACUGAGGGUUACGUGGAAGGUGGGGAGGAGCAGGUGGCCCAGUGCGUCUUUUGGAACCACAGUCUUCUGGAGGGAAUGGGAGGUUGGUCCACAGAAGGGUGCUGGGCCUCAGGCACCAAAAUGGGCACCAACUGCACUUGCCACCACCUCACGUCCUUCUCCGUCCUCAUGUCUGCCGGCCCCGUACCCACCAGCCUGGCCUUGACCGUCCUGAGCAACUUGGGCAUCUCUGCUUCCAUCUUGGCCCUGGUGGCCACUCUCCUCAUCUACUACCUCGUCUGGUCCUUGGUAGUGAAGAACAAGGUCUCCUACUUCCGCUACAUCACUUUGGUCAACAUUGCCCUCUCCCUCUUGCUGGCAAGCUUUUGGUUCCUGGCCACCUUCCAACUGACCGCCAGCCAUGAGAACAAGCUCUGCGUGGCGGCUGCCUUCUUCACCCACUUCUUCUACCUGGCCACCUUCUUCUGGAUGCUGGUCCAAGCCCUGAUGCUCUUCCACCAGCUGAUCUUCGUCUUCCACCAGCUGACCAUGAGCUCCGUCACACCAGCCAUGGUGGCGGUGGGAUACCUGUGCCCCCUGGGGAUCGCUGCAGCCACCGUGGGUGCCACCUUCCCCAAGCGGAGCUACAUCCAGGAGACACUCUGCUGGCUCAGCUCGCAGAGUAAGGCCAUCUACGCCUUCUCCAUCCCUGUCCUGGUCAUUGUGCUGGUCAACCUCCUGAUCCUCUUUGUGGUGCUAAUGAAGCUGAUGCGGCCCUCGGUUUCGGAGGGGUCUCCCGGGGAGGAGAGGCAGGCGCUCCUGGGCAUCUUCAAAGCUCUGCUGGUCCUGACACCAGUCUUCGGCCUCACCUGGGGGCUGGGGGUCAUCACCAUGACAAGCCAGGCCUCCCAGUUUGCCCACUAUGCCUUCACCAUUCUCAACUCCUUCCAGGGAGUCUUCAUUCUGAUCUUUGGCUGCCUGAUGGACCGGAAGGGUGAAGAAGUAGUCAGGGGAUGA